AUGGGCACAAAGCGAAAGAAAGAGAGUGAAGUAGCUACAAGUAGUUCCAGUCGUCUUUCCUACAUAACUACAGAUUGUUCUUCACGUGGUAAACUACAGAAGACUUUGACAGGCAUUACUCCAUGUCGAUUUGGCUUUAAAGGACCGUCAAUCUCGCAAAUCUCCACUCCCACCAUCGCGUCAACGACGACACAUAUUACAAGACCAAUGACAAGCAUUGUAGCGUUAAAGAAUGACCGGAAUGUUGUUUCAGAUAACGUUGUAAGUUUAAGGUCGCUUGAUAUUCACGUACUGGAGACAUUUCAUGCAACGUUUGGUCAUGAGACACAAACGACACUUGAAGAGCUCUUGGCAUUUCGUCCGAAGACGAAUAAAUUUGCAGUUAAAGCACGGAAAGAAGAACAGAUUCAAUACAUUAAACAACUUAAAUCGAGCGUACGUGAUGUUAUGAAUAAGAUUCAAGAAUUUAGCAAAACCUCGGCGACGAUAGAUGACAAAUUGGUAGCGGAGAAGGUGAUUUUGGAGAAAAGACUGGCAGAGCUGCAGGAGGCAGUGAGAAACAAAGACCACAUGGAAACAGAGUUGAAGCAAUUGCGGGAUGACAAUGACAUUAUGCAGAAAAGUGUCACACGGAUUCGAGCAUCGGAGCAGGAAGUUGCGCGCAGCAAUGCAGUACUUCGAGAUAAUGCGGCGAAGCUAGAAAUUCAGCUAGAAGAGACCCAGAAAGCGAAUGAACAGAUGAAGCUGGACUUGAAAGCCCACGAGGCUCGCGUGAUCGACGAAUCUCAGCGCUUUGAGGAGAAAAAGUGUGAGCUAGAGCGCUUGUAUGAGAAAAAGUGGAUUGAUGAAAGAAAGUGCAGGCAAGCCGAGCUGGAAAAGCUACAGGAGCAGCACGGCAAGACAUGUGAAGAGCUUGCUUCGGUGCACAAGAAGAUUGAGAAUUACAAAGACAAGGCAAUUGAGGCUGCAAAUAGUCUGAGUCACGAACGCGAACGACGCAUUAAAUCUGAGAUGGAAAAGUGCACUCUUGAGGCAAAGAAUCAGUCGUUAGAGACCCUUGUGCGCAACGCGGCGAGCGAAGUGUCAGAGCUGAAGGAAAAGCUUCAGCACAACGAAGCUGAAGUUUCUAAUCUUGUGAAAAGUCUGACUGACAUUCAAAAGUUUAACGCGUCUGCAAGCACGAAGGUUGAAGCUGACAAAAAGGAGAUGGCAGACAAGAUUGAGCGGCUUCAAACGACUAUUCGUGAUCUUGAGCGGCAGGAAUCGUCAAGUUCAUCGACAGUGCGCGACCUUAACAAGCAGCUCAACUUGGAAAUUGAAUCUCGGAAGGAGGCAGAACAGAAUGAGCAAGGAAUACGAGCUCAGAUGAAACAGCUUGAAUCUGAUCUGCAAUCAAACAUGCAAAAAGUAGGCGUAGAAGGAGGUGUUCGCCAGAUGCUCGAGAAUCAAGUUCGGGAGCUCCGUUCAGAACACAUUGCUGUGAAUGCCCAGUUGGAAGCAGUAAAAGCAGAAAUGAAGCGACUUCAGUUUGCAAACGCAGAAUCCAAGGAGCAGCACAGUUUGCAACUUGGCACACUGGAAGAGAGAUUUCAGCAAGAAAGGGACGAUUUCAAGCGCCAAAUCGACAAGUUGCAGGAGGAGAAUGUUAGUUUCGAAAGCGAAGUGCAGACUCUACGAACGCGAGCCUCUUCAGUUUGUGAUGGAGAUGUAGAGGAGCUGUGUAAAGUAAAACGUGAGGCCGACAUUUUGCGCCGGCGUCUUAAUGAGCUGACGAGUCGAGGAGCCCAGUCAAUUGCUCAAAAAGAUAGUAUGAUCUUGGAGCUGCAAGAAAAGAUCAAGCAAGGUGACAAGCAGCGAAGAGCAAUGCACAAUACAAUCCAAGAGCUGCGUGGAAACGUACGAGUAUUUGCCAGAACGCGACCAUUUCUACCAUCAGACGGUUGUGAUCCUGAUACAACAAUUCCUGUGAUUUCGUGCGAUUUUGACGGAGAAAGCCUGAAGCUGCAACGACCCGGAAAAAGUCAAUCAGAGCCAGACACGUUCUCCUUUACGUUUGACAAAGUAUUUGCACCUUCGUCCGGCCAAGAUGCGGUGUUUGAGCAGGUCUCAGAGUUUGUUCAGUCUUCUUUGGACGGAUACCAUGUCUGUCUAUUUUCUUAUGGUCAGACUGGCUCCGGAAAAACACACACAAUGCAAGGGAGUGGGACCGGUCAGAUGCGCGGAAUCAUCCCAAGGGCGAUCGAGAUGAUUUUGCAGGAGUGUGAGACGCUGAAACACGAGGGAUGGAACUACGUCACGAAAGUUUCUUUCCUGGAAAUCUACAACGAAACAAUAAAAGAUUUGCUAGUCACAAAACGCAACAUCGAAGAUCUCAUGGAACGAGCAAGUAAAGCACGAAGUGUUGCUUCUACAGACAUGAAUGUGCAGUCAUCGCGGUCGCAUAGCGUGUUUACAUUGCACUUGCAAGGUGUGAAUGAUAAGAGAGGUGUAAUGCUAAACGGCCAGCUAAAUUUGGUCGACUUAGCUGGUAGCGAGCGCGCCUCACGGUCCAACGUUUCUGGCGACCGUCUGAAGGAAACACAGGCCAUAAACAAGAGUCUUAGCUGCCUGGCUGAUGUUUUCAACGCGAUUGGAAACAAGUCUUCUCAUAUUCCGUUCCGCAAUUCAAAAUUGACAUACUUGCUUCAAAGUAGUAUGUCAGGUGACGGCAAGACGUUGAUGAUGGUGAACCUGUCACCAACGCUAGAAUCAGCAAGCGAGAGUCUUUGCUCACUGCGAUUCGCAAAGCAAGUGAAUCAGUGCGAGCUUGGCAAGCCGAAGCGGCAGAUUAAGUCCAGGAAGGGUCGUUCGUGA